AUGGGGCUGGACGGCUGCGGCGGAAGCUCUGAAGAGGCGGAAUGCUCGGAUCUCCACGUGUCCCUCCACGUGUUUUUCGGCUUGUGGCGCCACGACUUCAGCUGCGGCAGCCUCGAGCGGCUCCCACAGCUGCUCAGCUGCGACAGCUCCUGCUCGAGCGAUCGGCCCGAGGACGCCGCCGUGAACGUCGGCGAGAGUGUCAACAAAGAGCUCUUGAUGGCCGGGUGCGCGGCUCACUCCGGGCGCGGCGCGGCCGCGGGGCCGCCAGGGCUGUCCAGAGGCUGCCUGCCCAGGCGAGCAGCAAGGGAGCAAGAAACAGCGCGGCCUCCUGGCCCAGGGAACGGCGAUAUCGGCCAUGGCCGCGCUGGGGGGCUGCCCGGGGCGCGGGGUCGCCGGAGAUAG